GUCGCUUUCCUAGAAACUCUGAGCUCUUCGAUUUCCACUCGGUCGUCGAACUGUCUUGUGCGUUUUUUCAUUUUUUUUUCUAGAGAGGAAGGAGAUCUACCAAAAAUGGCUAAAGCUUCAACGUUGGCCGAAAAUCUAGAGAAGGAAUUGGAAUGCACUGUGUGCUUGGAACAGUUCAAAGAUCCCAAAGUUCUUCCGUGUCUUCAUUCCUUCUGUAAAAUAUGUCUGGAGGGGCUGGUCUGUAGAGAAGGAAACGCUUGGAAGUUGAAUUGUCCUUCUUGUUGGAUCAGUGUAGAGGUUAGUAUUUUUAGUGAGUAGAUGUUAACUUGUCGGGUGAUUCAGUCUUACAACUUAGUACCCUAAUACUCGAUCACAGAACUCGUUAGUACGAAUGGAACUUGAUCUAAUACGCUACAUUGUAUGACUGGGCCAAGAUUAUCGUGAAAAGCGGUUGUGAAAUGACACUUAAGUUGACGUAGCCUUGUUAAUCAUUCGAUUUUUUAGCAGAGUCCUUACGCUGUACUUUUAAGAUUAGCUUCUGCCAUCGCGUGACUCGAAUUUACCUUCACAAAGGAAGGCUGUGCUUUGCUUUGUGGCAGAGCACGAAUUAGGGGCAAUACUAAUCUUGACUUGAGGAAAUAAAGGGGUGAUCACGAGAUGGAGUUGCGUGCUUUAAGUUGAAUGAGAACAACGAAUGUAAGCCAUGUGAAACUGAAGGUAGAACAUUCUUUGAUUUCUUUUGAUGGAAAACAUCACAUAAUUUUAAUAUAAACUAGACGCAUAACUGCGUGAACUCGUGCUUUCAAUAUAGCACAUCUGGAGUUAUCUUUAGGGGACUGUCAUAUUGCCAUUGUUACUGUCGUCACGCAAUUUCGUCAUUGCCGGUCAUGAAUAAGUCUACUUGUGUUUAUUUUUGUCUGCUGGAGUGUAAUGAAUGUUGUUAUGGUACUAGACAACAAUCAAAAUAAUAUAUUACCAUAUAGGAGUAGGUUCCUACAGAUGCCAAAGGUUGAAAUUCAAGGACUUUUCAAUGCCCACAUUACCUUUACAACAGAUAGCAACUGCAGUACAUCCCAUUGUCAAUACAAAAUUGUUGAAAUUUUUGGAUAUUAGUGAUUGAAAGGCUCUAUCUAAGGAGGUACAGUGCUGAUAUCCUUCUACUGUAGCUUCUUGAUGAAUAGUACCAGUGUAGUUCUCACUGUAUUGAAGUUCAUAGUCAGUCUCUAACACAUUUUUAAAGUGUGGGUAAUUCUGUCUGCAUUAAAAAUGAUUGUCUGGUUAACUGAGACAAACUUGAAUACAACCGAUUUCCAAUUUUCAUUAUUGACACAAGAUCAUCAGCAGAAUGAUUCCUUGUUUGUUAUUGUAAAUCAAAGAGUAUGACUCAUUGCAACACAUUGUUGUCCUGAAUUUUGUCCAAAUACCAACUCAUUCACUUGGCUAUAUGGUGCCGUUUUUGUUUUGUUAGGGUCACAUUACAAGAGAACAUUGAUAAAUACCAACUUGCUCCACACUUCAAUUUAAUUAUCCUUUGAUAUACCCUCACAGAACAAUUCAACAAAUACUUCUUCUCAUGUCGUGUCACUUUAUUUAAUCUUACCCUCUUCAUGUUAAGCUUACAAACAUUCUUUGUAACUCUUCUAACCUUCACAUAACGACAUAGCCAAGAGGACUUCAGUAUGCUUGGAUGAAUACACUCAUAAACAAAUUCCUUCAGUUUUCUGCCUUUUCUUCUGAGAUGUUUCAGAGUAGCUUCUGGUUUUCUAUUGAGUUCUUGAUCACGUCUAAAUACACGGUUGUGUUUACAUGUAAACAUAAUAUUAGAUGGUCGUUUGACAUAGCAGGUUUCGCUUGAUAUUUCUCGAUAGAAAGUUCACUUGUAAAGGAUCACUUGUAAAUUGAUCUCUCAUAAAGUUCGCGGACCGACCUGUUUCCAAAAUGCUCCACAAGUUUUAGUGUGGGUCUACCGCGAACGGUGUGUGACUUUGUAUGUAUAUUGAGCAUAAUAGCCAUUGAAUUUCUUUCGCGUACAUCAAGCUAGGAAUUUCCCAUGAAGGCAGCCAUUGCUUUAAACCAUACGCUCUUGUGUUCAUUCUAUGCAUGCACUGUAGUGAAACUGCGUUUUGUGACUGAACACAAAAAAAAAAAAAAAAAAAAAAAAAAAAAAAAGCCGAAUUUAUGCCUCGGGCGUUUCCUUUGGAAAGCCCAAGUAAUUACCUCUUGUUUUAGACCUCGUCUGGUUGCCCUUAAUUAUCUUAAAUUUCUCAUCUCGUUUGAAUGCCUUAAUUGAAGUUGGCUUAAAAGACCAUAGGGCAAGAUUUCAGUGCAGCCCCAAACUUCAGUAAAGAUGCAUACAGUUUUUAAUUUUGGAUUAAAGAAAAAACGCAAAAACAAUUGGCUGCCUUUGGGAGUGGGGGGAAGGGGGAAAGGAGGAGGUCACAGCCUGCCACUUUCCAUACUUCUUUCUCCCACCUCCCAUACUUUUUUUCCCCUCUGCCUCCCAACUCCCACCCUUCAUUAUAUUACUCCCAUCUUCAGUUUAGUAAGAGGAUCAGAAACCUGGUAUUUUUGGCAAGCUGUGAUUAAAUGUAUCAUUUUUGACCAAUCUCUGGGGUCACCAUUUUUCGUGGGAGAAGAGAUAAUUUUCUCAAGAUGAACAUUAUUACAGACUAGUUUUCACAGACCUGGUUAUCUCAGUUUGACCAGUGAUUCUAGCAAUCUAAUAGCUAUUGCAGUUUCAAAUGUGUAUUCACUUGCAUUAAGGAACCCCCAAUUCUGGGAUUAAGCCAUUUAGAAAUGAAACCAAAAAGCCAAAUGUAAAGCUAAGAAUUCAGUACUCCUAUCUUAAUAUUCCCUACUUCUACAGUGUGGUUUCACUAAUUGCAUAUGAGAAAUUAUGAUAUUCACAACAAAUUUAAUGGCUUCCCUUGGCAUGAAUGCUUGUAUAUAUAGACAGACAAAAUUAAGAAUUAUGCAGUAUAUGACACCAAUGAAUUAUUGAACUGUAAGAAUUUUUCAGCCUUUGUUUUAAACACUAGUUGAGCAUUAUUGCAUGUUAUUGUUCAGCCGGUUAUCACAUUGUUUUUAAAAUAACUCAGAUUUUUUUGAGGAGUUGAAAUCCUCUCGCAGGGGCUUAACCUGAGAUUCUUAAGGUGAACUGACACUUAGAAAAUAUCAUGAGGCAAAGGUACACGAAAUUAAAGGGGACCAGGAACAUGCUCCCCCAGAAAAUUUUCAAAUUUAGGGUCUCAGAAUGCCAUUUCCUGUGUUUUUCACAAGGGCAUCUUCAGUAAUUAAACAUGAAGGAAAAUACAUCAGUUAUCUGUUGUGUGCAUUGUUUAUUUUCCCCAUGUCUAGUGCUAUUGGUAAGAUACAGUGUUAUUAAAUUAAACCUUGGCUAGCUGCGCAAAGUCGUACAUGUACACAAGUUGUUCUCCUGGGCUAUACCACCCCUCCACUUGGGAGAACUUCUUUGUUUCAGACUAGUAUGGGGUUGGAGUCAUAUGGAAAUCUGUGCAACAACGGUUUUCUAAUACAAACCAAGCUUCUGAUAAAUUGAGUAGCUUGGAAAAGAUUUUUUCCCAGUUUGAAAAAUAGAAAAAGGAGAGAAAUUUAAAAGAUUAUUUCAAACAAGCAGCUCCCUCUGUUUCUUAGUAUAAUUGUUGAGCAUCUCGACAUUGACAUAACACCCCCCACCCCCGAUGGAAAAGAAACUGAAGUAAGCAAAUUUCAAACAAAUGUAUGUUUUUUUUGGCCUACACAGAUUCCUGAUGGCAACGUUGAUUUCCUACCAGUUAACUUCUUCCUCAACAAUUUAUUAUCCAUGGUUUCUCUUCAUGGUGAUUCUGGAAGUAGUAACUUGGAGUGUGAUCUCUGUGAUAAUGGGGACCCUCCUGUGAACAGAUGUACCACAUGCUGCUACUUCCUCUGUGAGUUUUGCACCCAGGCUCACCGUCGUUUACGUAACACAAGGGAACAUUGUGUGGUGUCACUUGAAGAAGCAAAAAAGAUGGGAUCUGAGGCUGUGAAAAAACCCAUUUUUUGCAAGGAACAUGAUGGAGAGUUAUUGAAGCUGUUUUGUGAGACAUGCAAUGAAGCUAUCUGUAGAGACUGUACAAUUGUGAAGCAUCGUGAACAUAAGUAUACAUUUGUAAAAGAUGCUUUUGCAAAGAAUAAGAAAAACAUGUUGAAAAUUCUCUCAGAGACAAAAAGUAAAGCAGGGUUACUUAAGGUGGCAAUUGAUAGAGUUUGAUAGAGAAGUGUUGAAUUGGGCUCAGAAAAGACUGUUCAAGAAGUUAUUGAAUUUUUUCAGAGCCUAAUGGCUAGUCUGAAUUCUCGUUGUGAAGAGUUAGUUCAUAGCACUUUAAAGCUGAAAGAAGCCAAGCAGAAGUCUUUAAAUAAUCAACAGGAAGAACUGGAGGCAGCCUUGUGUGCCUUGCAAAGCAGCUUGGAAUUCACAGAAAAGGCUUUGGAAAAUGGUAGUGAAGUUGAGAUUUUAAACAUGCACAAGCAAAUGACCGGUCGAUUACAGGAACUAACUUCAACAAAAUGGCAACUGGAGCCAUGCGCACAUGAUGGCUUCAAAUUUUCUGCUGGUGACCAAUUGGAGAAGAUGAUAACCAACUUUGGAAGUGUCACUGAUAGACUCACAUGUGCUUGUACAUCAACAGUUGUUAUGGGAAAUGGACUAGAGGGUGUGAUGUAUAAUACACUAUGUGGACAAUGUGUUGAAUUCACUGUUAUUGCAAAAGGGCACGAUGGGAGGAAACAGCAGGAAGGUGGUGAUAGAUGUGAAGUAGAAAUCUGCACACAGGCAGAUGAUGUAGUAUUCAAUGAUUCACCUAAAGACUGUGGAAAUGGAAAGUAUACAUUCUGUGUAACUCCAAAUGCUAAAAAUUUGCAGUACCAGCUGUCUGUGAAACUCAAUGGUUGUCAUAUAAAGGGAAGUCCCUACAAGUGGUUUAAUGAAAUGUGGAAUCUUUGCUCAGGUAGUUGGUGUCAUCUAACAAAUGGUUCUAUGAUGGCAUCCUGUAAAUGCAGUAUACCAAUAGCCAAAAAAAAGUUUAAGGAAAAAAAAAAGGUAUGCAAACAACACUCAAUAAGGGUAUUAACCACAGAACCAACUUCCUGGGGCAAGAGUAGAAUAACCUUUGAAAGCGGAAUGGCAGUAGUUGGAUCUAAUACAUUUUCCAAUGCUAAACAUUCAUGGAAAGUCCAGCUAUGUGACAUUUCUGAAGAAUUUGCUUUUGGUAUUGUUGAAAGCACUUCUGUAACUGACAAUUCAGUGAAUUUGGAAGCUCACUGGAUGUGGAAAUCCAAAACUAAGUACAGUCAGGCUUUAUCAGUGCCCAAACUGAGUUCAAUAACUAACUGCAAUGACAAAGAUGUAAUUGAAUGCUAUUUGGACUGUGAUACUGAGACAUUCAUGAUGUUCAAUCAGCGCACCCAAGAGAGUGACACUUGGCAAGGUGUCAAAGGUGGAGUGCGUCCUUAUUUUCAAUUCUGUCAGGUUAGAGAGGCUGUUUCCUUAAAUUGGCAGGAAAAUGAGGGUGAUGUUGAGGAU